AUGGCCCCAACACCAUUCUCGACAUCGCCCUCCGCCACUACCACCGUCGACUCGGCGCCGACGCUACGGACAGGCCCCGACGGAGAGCUACGUCUGCGUCUAUUCGCCUGCGAGAGAUGCGCGCGGCGGAAACAACGCUGCGAUAGGAUCCUACCCGUCUGCACCCCAUGUCGCGAGGCCUCCGGCGCCGUCUGCGCACGCUCGGAGAGAGAGAAGGGCGUCGUGCGGGGCAAGGACGACGAGAUCACACGUAAGGGGGCCGUGACGACGCUCUUGGAGCGGAUAGCUUGCCUGGAAAGUGAAGCCGCGAGACGUGGCGUGGUUGUAACGGAUCCCGAACCUAGCAGCUCGCCCGAAGGCGAGCUUACGACACAUUCGAUGCCAAGAAUGCGCGUUGAGAAUGAGGCCAACAGCAGUCAACACGCUGAAGACGUCUUACCCACCGCGUGCGGCAUGGACAUCUCCUUUCUCUCGCUGAGCGCAAUGGCCGAACCGCGCAGCCGUCAGGAAGAGUUCCUCAAACAGCUCUCCAUGGCGCGGCUAGUCGCCGGCGUGACGGAGACGUACGGCGGUAACCCGGAGCUCACGGCUCGCGUCGACCCGCUCUGGGACGGCAUCUCGCAGUACAUCCGCGACCCCGUCGGCGUCUCGCGCCGCCUGCACAUCCCUCGACGCGAGGCCGCCAAGGCCCUGGCGACGUACCUCGAGCUCGUCGAUUUCCGCUUUCCAAGACUGCCCCUAGCCAAAGUACAGGCCGGGAUCGACGCCAUCUCCGCCGCGGACGACGACGAGUAUAAGCGGGUCUUGGAGACGGACCCGGCGCACAUCUUUAUGGCCUACGCCGUCGUUGCCAUAGUUCCCCUCGUGAGCGACAAUUACCCCAUCGCGCAGGGUUCCUGGGUGCUGGUCCACCUGCUGGGCAAGUGCCUUCGGAUUCUGGACCGCGUGUUCAACCAGGAGGACGGGGUGGACAUCAUCCAGUGCCUCCAGAUGCUCGUUAUUCUGUCGCUCCACUGUUCUACGGCGGGUUCCGCAUGGCAUCUUGUCGGGUUCGCGAUGAGCAAGUGUAUUGCGCUGGGAUAUCACCGCGAGGACUCGAGGGACCGGACAGAUGUAUCCCUUGCCGAGACGCAGCAGAAACGGUGGGCAUUCUGGGGAUGCUAUUGGCUUGACCGUCUGAUUUGCGCUGGCUUGGGGAGACCCUUCUCGAUUGACGAACGAGAUAUCACGACGUUACUCCCAAAUCCUGACGGAGAGCCUGAGGUCCCAGGUAAUAAGGAGGUCUCCUACGUCCAUCUCUUUCGUUACGGCAUCCUACUCUCCUCGGUAGCCGAUGACCCUUCACGUGGCUCAGAUACAGAUACUGGAAUCUUUGAGCUGUGCAUUGGGCAUGCCCUGGAAUGGCGGGCGAGCAUGCCUUCUCGAGAUAACCCGGCCCUGCAAGAAAUCAACCUGCACCAGACUUCUCUAUUCAACACUCUCUGUCUCAGGAUCGCUAUCAGGAAGAUAUUAACAGGCUAUAUUUUCGACGAGACUAACAACACCGAUGACAUACUCGCUUACGUUCGGUACGGGUAUUGCACAACGUUGUUAUCGCCUGGAGAGUGCCUCGAAUGCGAGCAGAGGCGGGUUGCCAAUAUGAACCUCGUAGAUAUCUCUCGGGCCGUGGCGCAGAGCUUCCACCGCAGACGCAUGGUCAGGCGGAACUUUCUGUCAUUCAUAACAGGAUACAGUGCUUUCUCUAUGGGCCUGGUUUGUCUGUACUGCAUGGCUGUCGGCGAGAGAGAAGCUCGCAAAACACCGGCAUCGGCGAGUUCUUAUCCUCUUGGCGAGCUUCUGGAUGUUGCGUUGCAUAAUAUGGAGAUCGUCGGACGUCAGUUCCCCAAGAUCCACGAAUACCGAGCCUUGGUCGACGGCAUUCGGUCAGUCGUAAACGAACAUUCGCUGCCACGCUCGGGAGCGAGGUUACACCAAGAUGCCAGAACAGGUACCCCUCAGAGUGAUAUUCGAUCAACUUUCAAGGCUACUUUAGGCAUUGGACCGUUUCAUCUGAGACAACUCGCACAAGCAAUAGUCUAUAUUUCGGCUUCAGGUCAGCAGCCAGAUAUUUACGGAGUCUGA